AUGCAGCCGCAGAACAACAAACCUACCGAGCAAAUGAAUCCCCAGGACACCACAAUGCUAGAACCUUUCAAAGCUGAGCACUGCCACUGUGGACACAACACGACUGACAAUUCGAGGCACAAGGUAAAUUUCACCCCAUGUGCAGCAGGAGAAAGUGGAAUCGGUCCCAAUGCGGUAUUCACCUCACAAGAAAGUGCUAGGAACAUGCUUAAUUUAGGCAUCCUAAAGAAUAGCGACCGGUCCAUCCAUGAGAAAACUUUGUGCCAGUGUCAUUGUUUAAUCGGAGAUUCAAACGAAGAAGCACCAAGUGGUUACUCUCCCAAUACGAACGGACAGAAUUCCACGUUAAAUAGAAGCAAAGAAAUGGUGAACAAAUCUGGUGCCAUCAAUAAAAGUACACAAAUGAACAAUCAAAGGGAAAUUCUUAGUGAGGACAAUUUCAUAUCUUCUGAUAGUGUCAGCCAAGAGAACGAAAAAACCGACAACAGCAGCUUCAAUCGUGGCAAAUGUAUACCCUUACCUGUUUUUGAUGCAUAG